GACACUGUCAAGAUGCUGAUCCGCCAGGGUGCAGAUCUCAACGAAACUGAUUACGACAAGCGAACUGUCCUCCACAUGGCGUGUGCGGAAGGAAACUACAAGAUUGUCGAGAUGCUACUGAACUAUGGGGCAGACAAGAAUUGUAAAGAUCGCUGGGGCAACACCCCCUUGCAGGAGGCGAUCAAUAACAAGCAUGCUACUGUCAUCAGCCUCCUG